AUGCAUAAAAUACUAUCUAUUUUCGUUUUGUAUAUUAUUGUAUUACAUAGCUACUUCAAAUGUGUGGUAAGUGCGAUACAUCGAUAUUCUUAUUUAGAUCUCUUUCUUGGAAUCGAUUUGAGUACUCAAAGUUGCAAAGCAACACUCCUUGAUUCAACUCUUGCUGUGACGCAUUCUGCUACAGUAAUCUUUGAAGAAGACCUUCCACAAUACAAUGCGAAGGGAGGAAUCUUGAUACGCGAAGGUGGAGUUGUCGUUUCUCCAACUUUGAUGUGGGUAGAAGCUCUAGAUCUUUUGUUUAGCAGAUUGAAGGAAUCUGGAGUUUCUAUGAAUUUGAUUAAAUCAAUAAGUAUAGGAGCUCAGCAACAUGGUAGUGUGUACUGGAAAAAGGGUUCUCGCUCACUUUUGACAAACUUGUGUUCGAACGAUUCACUUGUUAACCAAUUGAAAGAUGCAUUUUCUAUUAAUGAAUCUCCGAUUUGGAUGGAUAGUAGUACUGUAUCUGAAUGUGCUGCCUUGGAAGAAUCGAUGGGAGGAAGUAUGAAACUGGCUGAGAUUACUGGUUCAAAAGCAUAUACACGUUUUACCGGAAAUCAGAUUGCUCGAAUCGCGAAACUUUAUCCUGAAGCGUAUGAGAAUACUGAACGAAUUUCUUUGGUGAGUUCAUUUGCCACUUCUAUUUUAUGUGGUGAUUAUGUUAAUAUCGAUCUGAGUGAUGGGAGUGGUAUGAAUCUAUUGGAUAUUCGUACUCACAAAUGGCAUAUUCCAUGUCUGAAUGCUUGUGCACCGAAUUUAUACGAACGUUUAGGAGAUCCUGUUCCAACAACAACACUCGUUGGAAAAAUCCAUUCGUAUUUUGUCGAAAAAUAUGGUUUAUCUCCUUCAUGUGACAUUGUUUGUGGAAGUGGGGAUACUCCUUGUUCGUUGGUAGGUUUGCGAAUGAAUCGUCCUGGUGAUAUUGCGAUAAGUUUGGGAACAAGUAACACAGUAUUUGCCCUAAUGAAUGAAUGUAAAACUGAUAUCGAAGGUCAUGUAUUUGUAAGUCCUCUAGACGAAAGUAAAUUCUGCUUUAUCAUUUUGUUUUUAGAUACUUAUAUGAAACUUCUUGGAUUUGCUAAUGGAGACUUGCCUAGAGCGCGUACCUGCCAGCGCUAUGCCAACAACGAUUGGAAUGUGUUUUCUCAACUUGUCGAACAAUCGCCUCCUGGAAACAAUGGUUUCAUCUAUAUUGAUCGUUAUGUUCCUGAAAUCACACCGGAUAGUCGAGUUUGCGGAAUAUUUAUGUUCAAUGGAGAUGGUGAAAAAGUCGACAAUCUAUCUCCUUGUGAAUGUUGUCGUGGUAUAAUUGAAUCUCAAGUACUAUCGAUGCGUCUUCAUUUGGAAAAAACGGGAUUCAAUCAAUUUGAGCGACUGAUAGUAACUGGUGGAGCAUCUGUAAAUCAUUCUAUAUUACAGAUAAUAGCGGAUGUUUUCCAGGCUGAUGUAUUCACAAUCAAUGUGAAAGAUAGUGCAAGUGUUGGAGCUGGUAUUCGUGGUUACAUAGGAUGGUUGAAAGAAACAAAUCCUGCUAUGUCGAAUGAAACAUUCUUUGAUGAAAGAACGAAUGAUGAGAGUUUGAGAAAAGUUGCGAGUCCAAAUCAUGAAGUGAAGCAUAUAUAUGAUGAAAUGCUAUUGAAAUAUUCAAAACUUGACAUUAAUUAUUAUUUUCUAUGUGUGGUAAGUGCGAUACAUCGAUAUUCUUAUUUAGAUCUCUUUCUUGGAAUCGAUUUGAGUACUCAAAGUUGCAAAGCAACACUCCUUGAUUCAACUCUUGCUGUGACGCAUUCUGCUACAGUAAUCUUUGAAGAAGACCUUCCACAAUACAAUGCGAAGGGAGGAAUCUUGAUACGCGAAGGUGGAGUUGUCGUUUCUCCAACUUUGAUGUGGGUAGAAGCUCUAGAUCUUUUGUUUAGCAGAUUGAAGGAAUCUGGAGUUUCUAUGAAUUUGAUUAAAUCAAUUGGUGUGAGCGGUCAGCAACAUGGUAGUGUGUACUGGAAAAAGGGUUCUCGCUCACUUUUGACAAACUUGUGUUCGAACGAUUCACUUGUUAACCAAUUGAAAGAUGCAUUUUCUAUUAAUGAAUCUCCGAUUUGGAUGGAUAGUAGUACUGUAUCAGAAUGUGCUGCCUUGGAAGAAUCGAUGGGAGGAAGUAUGAAACUGGCUGAGAUUACUGGUUCAAAAGCAUAUACACGUUUUACCGGAAAUCAGAUUGCUCGAAUCGCGAAACUUUAUCCUGAAGCGUAUGAGAAUACUGAACGAAUUUCUUUGGUGAGUUCAUUUGCCACUUCUAUUUUAUGUGGUGAUUAUGUUAAUAUCGAUCUGAGUGAUGGAAGUGGUAUGAAUCUAUUGGAUAUUCGUACUCACAAAUGGCAUAUUCCAUGUCUGAAUGCUUGUGCACCGAAUUUAUACGAACGUUUAGGAGAUCCUGUUCCAACAACAACACUCGUUGGAAAAAUCCAUUCGUAUUUUGUCGAAAAAUAUGGUUUAUCUCCUUCAUGUGACAUUGUUUGUGGAAGCGGAGACAAUCCUUGUUCGUUGGUAGGUUUGCGAAUGAAUCGUCCUGGUGAUAUUGCGAUAAGUUUGGGAACAAGUAACACAGUAUUUGCCCUAAUGAAUGAAUGUAAAACUGAUAUCGAAGGUCAUGUAUUUGUAAGUCCUCUAGACGAAAAUAUGUACAUGAAAAUGCUGUGCUACUCGAACGGUGAUUUUGUGCGGACGCGUACCUGCCAGCGCUAUGCCAACAACGAUUGGAAUGUGUUUUCUCAACUUGUCGAACAAUCGCCUCCUGGAAACAAUGGUUUCAUCUAUAUUGAUCGUUAUGUUCCUGAAAUCACACCGGAUAGUCGAGUUUGCGGAAUAUUUAUGUUCAAUGGAGAUGGUGAAAAAGUCGACAAUCUAUCUCCUUGUGAAUGUUGUCGUGGUAUAAUUGAAUCUCAAGUACUAUCGAUGCGUCUUCAUUUGGAAAAAACGGGAUUCAAUCAAUUUGAGCGACUGAUAGUAACUGGUGGAGCAUCUGUAAAUCAUUCUAUAUUACAGAUAAUAGCGGAUGUUUUCCAGGCUGAUGUAUUCACAAUCAAUGUGAAAGAUAGUGCAAGUGUUGGAGCUGGUAUUCGUGGUUACAUAGGAUGGUUGAAAGAAACAAAUCCUGCUAUGUCGAAUGAAACAUUCUUUGAUGAAAGAACGAAUGAUGAGAGUUUGAGAAAAGUUGCGAGUCCAAAUCAUGAAGUGAAGCAUAUAUAUGAUGAAAUGCUAUUGAAAUAUUCAAAACUUGAGUCAAGUCUUUCCAUUGUUUGA